GUAAUGAAUAGACAAAUAUUGAUGUUUUAUUUUGUAUUCGCGAUUAAAUAAAAAUUAAAGUAAAUAUCCUUGAAAAUCGAUCGCUAUCUGCGUUAGUUUCCGUGAAAACUUUGCAUUCGACGGAGAAAUGACGCGAUGAAAGGUGCCUAAAAGCGCAAACCAAAGAAAAAUAUUGAUACUUUUUUUAUCGAGCGUCGUCAUUAUCGAAUCUGCAAAUAUUUGCGUGUGUCCUUGUAAGUCCCGGACAUGAAUUGUGACGAUCCGUUCUUUAUUGUUAGAGAUGAAGUUCACAAGGCACUAAACAAGACUCGUGGACUGUACUUACGUUGGGAGAAUUUGGCAGCAACCUCGCAACAGCACCAAAAAUCUUCGAGUGACGGCAAGAAGCAAUCGGAAACCGAAAGCGACUGGAUUGCCACGGAACUCCGUAACGCCUUACGUUCCAUCGAAUGGGAUUUGGAAGAUCUCGAGGAAACAAUUGUCAUUGUCGAACGAAAUCCGCAAAAAUUCAAGCUCGAUAAUCGCGAGUUGUUCGCCCGUCGUCAAUUCAUCGAUGCGACACGCGAUGAAGUCAAGUCUAUGAAGGAGCGUAUGAGCAUCAAUCGAUCCAAGGACCUUGAUAUCACAGCGAGACAACCUCUUCUCGACAACAAUUCGCCAAAAGUCAUCGUCAAUUCGGGCCAUCAGCAAAACAAUUCGAACACAAAUCACGUAAUCGGAGGCGUUAUUAGUGCAGCGAUGGCAGCAAGACACAGCGGCGCCAAAUAUUCAAAGUUGGAAAACUUGGCAGAUGACAGUCCGAGCCCAAGUCAUCAUGGAAAUAAUCAUUAUAGCACGGAAAGUCCGUCGAAUAGAUUUCUUGCGGAGCAAUUUUCCGUGCAAAGUCGCAUGUUUGCACAACAAGAUGAACAAUUAGAUGUCAUAAGUGACACUGUGGGACAGCUAAAGACUGUUUCACGACACAUUGGAUCCGAAUUGGAUGAGCAAGCGGUCAUGCUCGACGAAUUCGGAAACGAAAUUGAACUCACAGAGUCUCGACUUGAUUCAACCAUGAAACGUGUUGCCAAAGUAUUGCACUUGAAUAAUGAUCGUAACCAAUGGACUGCAAUUAUUGUGCUGUCAGUGCUUUUACUGAUAAUUAUUCUUCUCUUCAUCAUCUUGUAACUCUUUCUCUGCAUUUACGAACGAAAAGAAAGGAAAAAUUCAACUUUUGCUUCCGUUAACAAACAAACAAAAAAUAAUUUUAAGAUUUCUCUCGUUUUUUCCGAGAGAUUUUUAGAUUUGGUUUCAACUCCUCACAAAAUUUUAACUUGAACUUCACCCAAAUUAGAUAGAUAAAGAGAGAAAGAUGCACGAUCUAGUCAGUAAUUUUAUUUAAUUUUAAAUUUUAAUCAAAAAACAGGUGCAAUGACGACUUAUUAGUUUAUCACACGGAAUAUCAUUAGUUUAAUUUAAAUGUGAUUUUCGGACAUAUUUUAGUCUUUUUAAGUUACGACGAGCACAUUCUGUUUAGAAAUUGUAGAUGUUGCGUGUUAAUUUGUAAGGAAAAUUCUGUUAGUCGGUAAUUUUGCGUGAAAUUUCCAUCUUUUGAUAUCAUUUUACUUUAUGAAUUACGUGAAAAGGCGUCGCGAGACGUUAGUAGAAUGCAGGAAAAGUAUAAUCAAGAAUUAAAUUACAAAAUAAAAAUGUAGAAAUAUUAUAAAUUAUAAUGAGAAAUAAAGAAAUAUUUAGUCUGAAGUUGUAG